AGACUUUUUAGAACAAAACUUACACAAUCCAAGAUGGCAGCGCCCAAGAUGAGCCGGAUGAUUUUCUCGGGUACUAGUGCUGCAUUCCCAUAUUUACCGUUUCUGAAGGGUCAUCUUGGUUUACCAACCAGACUGUUUGCAUCAUCCAGCCAUCCCACUGAUCUUCCACCUGAAGGAGAGAUUCCCAUUCCUGAAUGGAAGCAGCCAGAGAAUGAAAGCACAGAGCUGAAACGAGCCAGACUACUGUACCAGAGCCGCAAGAGGGGCAUGUUGGAGAAUGGUCUCUUACUCAGCACGUUUGCAGCGCGCUAUCUGCCUGGGCUGAACGAGUCACAGCUUCAGCAGUAUGACCAGCUGAUCAAUAAACCCAACAAUGACUGGGACAUCUUCCACUGGGUCACAGAACACAAACCCACACCAGAUGAGUUCAGUGGCGAGGUGAUGGACUUACUGAAGAAGCACGUCUCCAACGUCAACAUGGAAUCCCGCAUCAGGCAGCCCGACCUGCCAGAGGAAGAAAUCCGGCAGAUGUGACACUCCUGCUCUACGUCAAAAGAUAAUUGUCAGCAUCUGAUGCCCACAAACCUGACUGGGGAUACUGUAGGCUCAAAUGCAACUGUGGAGUGCCAGUUAUAGCAACGAUAUGUGGAUAGCACAUGUACAUGGUUCUACAGUAAAGAUUGCGGUAACACAAUGUAUUUAUCUCUUUCUUUGAGUAUGUGUGGU